UUUGGCCGAUCACCUCCACCUACCCCUGCUCCAGAAAAUGGUCACAAGGCCACAGUACCUGAACCUAUCCCCACAGUAUUAUGCUUUUUUUUUGAGUUAUAAGGGCUAGCCACUAGCGAGUUCAGUCGCCCCACCGAAGGAUGUCAGGUACCCGUGAACACAACGAGGACAUUGAAAAGUCCUCAAAGUUGCACUCUGUGAACAGUGGGUCAACCUAUCAAGCCCCUGCUCGUGGUAUAGAUGCUGAAGUAGCUGAAUUCUUUGCGACGCAUGGGGACGAGUCCAGAGGGCCCAUAGUCAUAGAUGAUAAGACGAACAAGCGUUUGAGAAAUAUGGUACACAAACGCGUCUUGGUUGUCAUGGUGGUUACAUACUUCGCCCAAACCUUGGACAAAGGUACAAUUAAUUUCGCUUCAAUCAUGGGUAUCAUCGAAGACAACAAAUUGAGAGGGCAACAAUACGCUUGGCUCACCACUUGUAUUUAUAUUGCCAUUCUGGCAUGGGAGUUCCCUACAAAUUGGCUUAUCCAACGUCUCCCUAUCGGAAAGUAUCUUGCAUUCAACAUCAUGGGUUGGGGUGCCGUUCUAGCAUUCACCGCCCUGUGCAAGAACUUUGCUGGCCUGGUUACGGUCAGGACACUUUUGGGUUUAUUUGAAUGCGUGUGCCAACCAGCGUUCACUUACUUGGCCACAAUGUGGUACACAAGGGAAGAGCAGGCUUUGGUGAUCGGGGCCUUCUAUUCCAUGAAUGGUUUCCAACAAUGUGUCGGAGGUCUCAUUGCCUAUGGCAUUGCACACUGGGACAAUGCUGCAUUGAGAAAUUGGCAGAUCUUAUUCUUGUUGCUGGGCGCCAUUACCUUUUUCUGGGGAUUUUUUGUGGCCUGGUAUCUUCCUGACUCGCCUAUUCGUGCCCAAUGUUGGUCCCAUGAAGAUCGACUCCUCAUACUUGAACGAAUACGAAAGAACGAAACCGGUGUUCAGAAUAAGCAGUUCAAGGUGGAACAAAUGCUUGAGGCGCUUCGGGACCCUAUUGUAUGGGGCGUGACGCUCAUAUCGUUCACGAACGCCUUGCCUACCGGCGGGCUGGGUGCUUUUUCCAACAUCAUUCUGAAGGCAUUUGGGUUUACGCAGCUGCAAACGUACCUCCUUGCAAUCGCUCAGGGCGCCAUCAUUAUGGCGUUCCUUUUCAGUGCUGCAUAUCUGUCUAAACGUUUCAGCCAGCGUUUACUCCUUGCAUUCCUUUACACACUCCCUAAUGUGGCCGGGACCGUUGUCUUCCUCUGCGUACUAACAACCCCCCAGACCAAAGUCGGCCUCCUGAUCGCAUUCUACUGUACGCAAGGAUUCGGAGCGGUCGCAACGCUCAAUCUCUCCGUUCUGACUGGAAACGUUGCGGGGCGAACCAAACAGGUUGUUGCGACUUCCAUGACCUUCAUGUCCGUCUCAUUAUCAGGACUUCGAAUCAUUACUCCUAAACUUAUGUCUCUGCAACAGUGCAUGGGCCGUCGGAAAUGCUAUCGGACCCCAAGUAUUCAGAUCAAACGAUGGCCCACGUUACAUCAGAGCAUUCGUUGUUCACAUAGUUGUCUAUGGGAUUCAACUUGUGGCGAUUGUGCUACUGCGCUUGCAUCUCAUGCGCUUGAACGUCUUGAAGAGGCGUUCUCAGUCUUUGGAACAGACGAAAGCUAGCGCGG